CGGAAGCCCUGGAGGGACAUUUAUUAUUUAAAAUUUAGUACUUAAAAUUUAUUACUUAUUACCUAUUAUCUAUAACUUAUAACUUAUUAUUUAAAGAUUAUGACUUAUUAUUUACAUAUUAUCUGAACCGCGCUAUAUUUGGCGGGAGAAAUAAGAUGUUUUAAUUGAGGCGAUGACUGAAAAGGGUGAAGUUGAGGAUCAGUUACAGAUGGAUCGUACAAAGCGGAAACAGAAGUUACAGCAGCUAGUACAAAGCAUAAUGGCCACUAAAAUAACUGAAAGGCAAUCUCUUUCAAAGCACACGAGUCCUUAUACUAGAAGUGGUCGUGGGCGUGGAAGGAGGUCAGAAUACAAAGUGCCCAUAGGUUGGCAACAUUUUAGCAAAGGGAAAUACAGAAUUGUUAUGCAAAGGAAUGGAGGUGGUAAACGAUAUAUAUACAAGAAUUCUGAUGAAGAAGUAACAGUAGAUGAAAUACUCGUAGAAGGGAAAGCAUUUUACUUUAAGGAUGGCAAAAGCAAGUUUGGUUUAUUAGAGGAAAUGGCUGUUACCCUUGUGACAGCUUCUGGACAAGAAAUUUCAGGCUUCACAGACAGAAAUGGUCUGCCCUGUUGCUUCACAGAGUAUGUUAAAGCUUAUGGACUGUACCCAUCUCAGUGUCAUUUAUACUUAAGAACGAAAAUCAAAUCAGAAUCGGAUACAGAUAAAUGUUUAAAAACAAAAGAAGAAAGUCCGUGUUUUCUUGUAAACAACAUUAAAGUUGGGUUGCUGGAAAUAUCAUAUGAGAAAAAAACACAAUCUGUAUAUGCUGAUACAGGAAGUUCCAUUUUCAUUAAAUCAUACAGAACUGCUAUGUCUUUGGCAAAAGAUGAUCUUGAAGAAUACAAUGUUUUCAAUGAUGGCUAUUCAGUAAUUAGUGUACAGAAAGACAAUAAAGAAUAUUUGGUAGACAAGGAAAAUGUUUACUAUUUCCCACAAGUCAAUUUUGAUCCAAAUCAAGUUGUUUGCUUCAUUCAUGGACCGAAUAUUAUUCAUGGGAGUGAAACUGACGACUUGAAUCAUCUUAUUAUAGGAUGCCUGACAAUAUUUCAUAUUAUUUUCAAUAUAACAUGCUAAAGUCCUUUUAAAUACAAAAAAAAAAUCAAUUUCAGUAUAUCAAAAAAUCUCAGUUGAGUUCCUUUAAGAAUUAGCUUUUGAGCUUACAGAAAUUAUACACUCAUGUUUA